UCACUUCUUUAGCAGACAUUUAGUGCAGCUGUCUGUUUCAUGGUCUUUCUAGCUUGUCGUUUACUGGGCUGAGAUCAAACUUAUUAACUGACUGACUUCUUGAUUUCUUAGCCUUUAAAAGUCUUAGGUAGUUUUACAGAAUGGUUUUAGUAAUUACCCAACCGAAAUGUGGAUGCGUGGCUCAGAACAACAUUCAGAUAAAGAUCUGCUUGAUUAAUGAUGGAGCAAUAAGCAAAAACUGCUGUUCAUGAGCCACCCAUAUUAUGGAUGUGCAGGAAAAUGGAUGUGAUUUCUGGAUGGAUAAGUGUGUGUCUCUUGAAUAAAAUAUGCUUUUGUUAAUGGUAAAUUAAAUAUGUAAGACAGCACUGCAUAAUGUAAAAUCAAAAUCAACACAAGUUACUUACACAUGCAAGUCAUAGUGUUAUAGGAUAAAUGAACAGUUUAACAUCUUUGUUGAAUUUGUCUAAUAAUUUGUAAUGAUAAUUUGUCUGAAUUAUCUUGGUUAUGAUACCAUGUGUUUGUAUGUCUCUCUGGGAGCAUCAGUUUUCAAAUUCUACUUUCAGCUAUGUUUGCAAUAAUCCGCUUGCGCUUUUGACAGACUGCUAAAGUUUCAUGGGUUAGUCUUACCCAAAUCCAUAUGUCAAAGUCAAGUAUAUACACCCCUAUAACCCCUGCUGGGAACCCAUUCCUCUGACCGAGACACCUCCUUCAGACACUCUAAAAGCCCCCCUACUCAUCUUUACAGGGACUAUAAAAGUCAAAGGAAGACGAAGUCUUAGCACUUUUAGUUUGGUUGAAUAACAGUUUUUCAAGUGCUUGGUCAAGGAUUAACUGCUCAAAACCUUAAAAUGCCGGCGGGAUCUAAUUCUACAAUAAUCUCUGUGACCAGCAAAUCAGGAAACAAAGUCAAACCCAAAGAAAACAAGAAGGCACUUUCAGAAAACACUUAUUUGCCAGAUAUCCCAGAACCAACACAGAGGACUGAGCUCAUGAACUACUGGAUGAAUUUGUCUUUAGAUGAUAAGACGGCCAAUAAGAUGUUGUGGAUUUCCGACAGUGGCUGCAAGGUGUCUCGCAGAACUGAGGAGGUUUGUCCAGUCCUAGACAGACCAGAAAGAUACGAGUACUCUCCACAGGUGGUAUGCCAAGACAAGAUUUGGAACAUGCGGGCUUACUGGGAGGUGGAGUUCUCCGGUUGGGUGGUGAUAGGAGUCACCUAUGAAGGAGCUGGAAGGAGAGCAAACUCUGGCCCGAGUGGGCUCGGAGAAAAUGAGGAAUCCUGGGGUCUUUGCUGGUCAGGUUCUGGUUAUCAAUUCUGGUUCAAUGGUGUAAACAAGGAUAUAAAUGAUGUCCCAUAUUGUUCCACAAUUGGAGUGUAUGUUGAUCAGCCAGCGGGGAUCAUUGGUUUUUAUGCUAUUAGUGGGGAGGGGGCAGGGAGGGAGGUGAGACUGUUACAUAAAGUGAGGACAACUAUCACUAAGAAGGUCCUUCCAGGUUUCUGGAUUGGAGUUCAGUCCUCAUGCACAAUCCUCAGAAAAUCUGAAUGAAAAGCAUUAUUGUUCAUUAUUGUUUGUGUUUAUUUGAGAAAUAUUUUUCUAUUUUUGAGUACCACUUUUUACAGUUUACUGCUGUUUAGAUUUGUCCUCGUUAGAUUGAUUAAAGAACUGAAAUCCAUUGCA